CUCCGUGAUUGCAUCCCUGCAGCUGGUCUUCACAAGUUCUCCUCAACUCCCAAAACCAAGCCUUCUUUGAGCAGACAUGGAGCGUACCUUCAUUGCCGUGAAGCCCGAUGGCGUCAUGAGAGGCCUGUGUGGUGAGAUCAUCAAGCGUUUCGAGACCAGAGGCUUCAGGCUGGUUGCUGCCAAAUUCAUGCAGGCCUCCGAGGACCACAUGAAGAACCACUACCUGGACCUGAAGGACAUGCCCUUCUACGCUGGUCUCUGCAAAUACAUGUCCUCUGGACCGAUCCUCGCCAUGGUGUGGGAGGGGCAGAGCAUUGUGAAGCUGGCCAGGAUGAUGCUGGGUGAGACCAACCCCGCUGACUCCAAACCCGGCAGCAUCCGUGGAGACCUGUGCGUCAACAUCGGCAGGAACAUCAUCCACGGCAGCGACACACUGGAGAACGCCAAGAGAGAGGUUGACCUGUGGUUCAAAGGGGAGGAGUUGGUCAGCUACACUCCCUGCGCCCAGCCAUGGCUGUACGAGUAAACUGGCCAAUCACAAACCAGUUUACCAAUCACAACCCCCCCCCCACUGACCUGAUCACACCCAACCUUCACCACAGUCGAUCCUCUGACUUCGGACAAUCAACAACAUGUAGCACUUCUCAAUAAAGUCUCAUGUUAACAAACUG